AUGGUGCACUGGUUGUUCUUGUUGUGCAUAUUUUAUGGGGCUUUCAACUUUAUGCAGGUAAAGAAAAGGGCACUGCAGAGAAGGGUUUGUGAUCUUUGCCAUCCCACCCUGGAUAACCGUGGUCCUGUGAUCUACAUGGACAACUGUUUUAGCAGCAUUGCCCUUAGCAAAACACUGAAAGGCUUUGGAAUUUACACUUUGGGAACUCUACGCUCAAAUAGAUUGGGAUAUCCAAAAUGCCUCACAGAUAAACCUUUGCUCAAGACAUUGAAACGGGGAGACUAUCACUCCGCAACUGCUGAAGGGAUAACAGUAACUGUCUGGAAGGACACAAAAGAUGUUUCCUUUCUGUCAAAUGUGCAUUCUUCUACGGGACAGGAUAAUGUGUCAAGAAAGAAACAAGGUGGAUCAGUUGUUGCAAUAACUGCUCCACCUGUUGUAAAGGAUUACAACAAGAAUAUGGGUGCUAUCGACAAAAAUGAUCAACUAAAGAAAACAUAUGCCAUUGAUCGCAAAUCAAAGAAAUGGUGGAUGCGCAUAUUUUUCCAUCUUUUAGAUAUUUGCAGACUCAAUUCAUUGAUGUAUCAGCAGUGUUAUCUGAGUUGGAACAGUGGCCCUGUGGAGGAGGAUGUAGCCCCUUUGAUGGACCAGAAGUCAUUUACUUCUAAACUGGUCGAAUCCCUUUGUGGAACAUACACAUCACACAAACUCUAUGGCCGCCCUUCUUUGUCACCCAGUUCCAUAUCUCUUCGUGCAUUGGGCCAUGAGUCAGUAAAUGUGGUCAAAUGUGGAAAAUUGAAAAGAGGGAGAUGUUGUGAGUGCUCAACGGAUACACACAAAAAAAGAGCCAGAGUGGAGACUGUCUAUGGCUGCCUACAUUGCAAUGUUAGUUUGUGUUGUGAUAAAUGCCAUGACCUUUAA